GGCAUACUCAGUUGCAUAAAAUACAUAUAUUUUCAUUAUAGUGGAGCAUACUCUGAUCAACGUUCACCACAUAUCAUCAUGUUUCAUACACGGAGAGAGCGUUCUAGAAGGCUUAAGGGUAUACUACUCCGAGAGAGCUUAUCCGGCAUUUUUCAAAGUAAUCCAAUAUUCGCUUUGGAAAGGUCUGCUAUUUCAGUAUCUGUCUUUGCAAGGUGCAUUCAUCUGGAACUAUGCGGACGUCUUCAUAAUGAUAACAGGAGAGUCCCUGAAAUUUAGAUUGAGACAAAUCACACAUAAAAUUAUGCUCGUAGUGCAAGUUAAGGUCAUGGACAAAACAACUUGGUAUACGUUACGAAAAGACUACCUGCUCUUCUCAGCAAUGCACAUGAAGGUGAACGAUCAGCUCGCAGCGAUGAUAGUAUCCACAUUCUGCAUCAAUCUUUACUUCGUCCUGCUACAAAUGUUCAAUACACUGAGAAACAUGGAGCACGCGUUUUUGAAAAGCUAUUCGAUGAUCUCGUUUUUCUUGCUUCUCAGCAGAAUAGCGGCUGUCAUCAUUUUCGGAUCUGGAGUGAACGAAGAAUGGAGGAAGAUCCGGGGACUUUUGGAUUCUGUGACGCAUUGGGCGUACAAUAUUGAGGUUGAAAGAUUUAUAGAGACUGUCGAGUCCAAGGAGUUGUUUUUGACCGGCAUGAACUUUUUCAGCAUCAAGAGAGGACUCAUUCUCCAUAUAGCUGGGGCUAUUGUGACGUACGAACUAGUUCUUAUGCAGUUUUACGAGGACGUACUGAAAACAAGAACAUAACUGUCUUAUUUGUCAAUACUGUCAUAAUAAUGCCGUUUAAUAAAAAAUAUUUGUAUUGUC